UGCAGCUAAACAUUUAUCAUUUUGGAGUUUAAAGUAUGUCAUCAUGGCAAAGUUUCGAAGAAAGACUUGCAUCAUUUUUUCACUUUUUAUCUUAUUUAUUUUUUCUAUGAUGAUGGGUUUAAAAAUGCUGAGACCAAAUAAAGGUACUUUUGGAGCUCCCUUUGGAUUUGACUUUCUUCCAGAAGUUCAUCAACAAAUUCCUCGCUUGGGGAAAGUUUUUGAUUCCCCAAAGAGUGACAAAAUCAACAGUGAAACAAAUAUCAAGAAUUUAAAAAGUGUUGAAUUCACUGUGAAACCUCCCAAAGCCUCUGAACCUUACCUGGAAGAAGUGCCACCUCUGAAUUAUUAUUUACACGUAUUUUAUUACAGUUGGUAUGGAAACCCACAAUUUGAUGGAAAAUACAUACAUUGGAACCAUUCAACUCUGAAGCAUUGGGACCCUAGAAUAAACAGUAAUCAUCCCCAAGGGAAACACAGCCCCCCAGAUGAUAUUGGCUCCAGUUUUUACCCUGAAUUGGGAACUUACAGCUCUCGGGAUCCUUCUCUCAUCGAAACUCACAUGAAACAAAUAUACUCAGCUUCAAUUGGUGUAUUAGCCUUAUCUUGGUACCCACCUGAGUCACAUGAUGAGAAUGGAGUACCUACUGAUGACUUGGUACCAACUAUUUUGGAUAAAGCUCAUAAAUAUAACCUAAAGGUUACUUUUCACAUCGAACCAUAUAGCAAUCGAGAUGAACAAAACAUGCACAGAAAUGUCAAAUAUAUUAUAGACAAGUAUGGAAGUCAUCCGGCUUUUUACAGGUACAAGACUAAGACUGGCAAUUCUCUGCCCAUGUUUUAUGUCUAUGAUUCCUACAUUACAGAGCCUAAACAAUGGGCCAGUCUGUUAACUGUCUCAGGGUCUCAGAGCAUUCGUAAUUCUCCUUACGAUGCAUUGUUUAUUGCACUUCUAGUAGAAGACAAGCAUAAAUAUGAUAUUCUUCAAAGUGGUUUUAAUGGAAUUUACACUUAUUUCGCUACAAAUGGCUUUACUUAUGGCUCAUCAUAUGAGAAUUGGGCUAGGCUAAAAUUAUUUUGUGAUCACUUCCAACUAAUAUUUAUUCCAAGUGUGGGCCCAGGAUACAUAGAUACCAGCAUCCGUCCGUGGAACACGCAGAACACUCGGAACCGAAUCAAUGGGAAGUACUAUGAGACUGCUCUGAGUGCUGCACUCCAAGCCCACCCCAGUGUAAUUUCUAUCACCUCUUUUAAUGAGUGGCAUGAAGGAACUCAGAUUGAAAAAGCUGUGCCUAAAAGAACCGGUAACAGAGUGUACCUGGAUUACUUGCCUUAUAAACCAAGUCAUUAUCUAGACCUCACUCGCAAGUGGUCUGAAAAAUACAACAAGGAAAGAGCAAUUUAUGCAUUAGAUCAUCAGCCACCUGUUUUUUAAUGUAUUGAUUAAGGUUUAAUAAUUAUAGAAAUCACCUAUUCUCAGUAAAUGCCUUUUGUUUUGAGUUACAGAAAGAAAAUUAUCAAAAUCAGUAUACGUUGUUACUGUUAUCUUUAUAAAAAUAAUUUGUACUUUUUUUUAAGGUAGUAAUGUUAUCAUUGCUACCCUUCACAAUGUUGCACAGAGGAAAUGCC